GGUUCAACGUGGAGACCGUGGAAUACAAGAACAUCUGCUUCACUGUCUGGGACGUGGGUGGCCAGGAUAAAAUCCGACCCCUCUGGAGGCACUACUUCCAAAACACGCAGGGUCUCAUCUUCGUGGUGGACAGCAACGACCGAGAGCGAGUGCAGGAGUCUGCUGACGAGCUGCAGAAGAUGCUGCAGGAGGACGAGCUGCGGGACGCCGUCUUGCUGGUGUUUGCCAACAAGCAGGACAUGCCCAACGCCAUGGCGGUGAGCGAGCUGACCGACAAGCUGGGGCUGCAGACGCUGCGCAGCAGGACCUGGUACGUGCAGGCAACGUGUGCGACCCAGGGCACGGGGCUCUACGACGGGCUGGACUGGCUCUCGCACGAGCUCUCCAAGCGCUAG